UAAUGACAAUGAGUCGACGCCGGGAUUUAAUAGGACCCCAGCGCCUGCAUGAAAACAGAAGAGAAAGUUCUGAGAUUGUAGCGUUUUAUAACUCAAUAAAUCAUGUUUAUCUCUUCACAAAGUUCCGCACCUGUAUUUAAAGAUGUGACACUCAUAAUGCCAGCAGUGGCUGUAGGUAAUGUGGGCCAACUAGCAGUGGACCUCAUCAUUUCAACCUUAAAUUUACGCCGAGUGGGUUACCUGCACACGGACUGCCUGAUUCCCAUGGCGGGGAAUAACCCGUUCGCCACCUGCAAGGACCCGGAGGAGUUGCACACAGCUGCAGAAGUUUACACUGCAUCCGAUCUCAAACUGGCCGUUCUUCAGAUUAGGGCCCCGAUUGUGAAGGCAAAAUCCAAAAAGUUUCGUCAGCUGCUACUGUCAUGGAUCAAAACUAAUGGUUUCUCCAAGACUAUCGUUCUGUCCAGCAGCCAUGACUACCAGAGGGAUGACCAGCAGCUGCAAGGAACUCCUUUGAGGUACUUGAUCACUCCGAGCCUCAUGAAAGAGAGUGCAGAUGCCCUGAAGGAACUGGGCUGGAAGGAGAUGGAAAGGGUGCCAGAUAAUCAAGGUCGUUCAGACGCCAACACGGAGCCGCAAAUUUUUGUCCCCGGUGGGGGUAUCACCAAAGGGCUUUACACGGACAGUUGCGCUAUGGAGUUCCCGCUGGCCGUGCUGCUCAUCUUCUGUUCAGAGGGAGACAACAUCCCCGAUGCCUUCACGCUCCUCAAUCACCUCAAUGACUGGCUUCACCUGCUGGACAGCCCUAAGCAAGAUGCCAAUAAAUGGAAGAUCCCAACAUCCUGGAGUCUCCUCUUUGGGGGUGGCAUCCCCCCUGCACUCUUCUGAAAAAUCGUAUGACAUUACCCGCCGCUUUGUCAUUGAAACAUGAUGACAUGCAGGAACUGACUGUUUUGUGUUUCCAUUGGUGGGCGGGGGAAGAGAGCAAAGCUUGUGUGAAUUUUUGAGUAUUUCCCUGUUGGACAUCAUUCAGCCCGACUAACUGAAAAUGUUUGGCCGGGUGCCAUGCGGUGUUCCCAGCAUUCCCCCCUGUGUAACAGGACUCUAGCAACAAUACGCUGACUAACAUUUUUAUUGAAAAAAGACUGGCGGGAAAAGUAAAAAAUAUUUCCUCAAAAACUAUAAAGCAUUAAAAUAACUUUGCUCAAGCACAGGUUUAAUCAGAGGCUAACUAAAUACCAGUUUUAUUAGAAGAAAAAACACCAGAUUUUCCAAAAUAAGAAAUUGUCAUCAAAUUUUAUUCUUGUGUAACAAUACUUUUGUUUUUGAGUUGAACAAAAAAAAUAUAUAUACACGCCACUGACUUUUGCCGCAUCGCUGUGGAAAACUUCAAGUACUCUUAUAAAAAAUAGAAACAUUUUCAUUUCCACCCCUGGAAAAAUACUCAUUUGUAAAACAGCAAUGCAUAGCAAUUGUUUCAGUCUGUAUAAAUGUAGUAAAACUA